AAAAAUUUUUAUCCUACAACUUGGAAGAAUAACAAGACGCGAAGAUGUAUGAAAACGGAGAUGAUUCUUUUGAUGAGGACGAUUUUAUUUUUAAUGAAUACACAAUAGAUGAUACUUUGGACAGCCUUUCGCGUCUGGAAAAGUAUUAUAAUUCUGAUUUUUCUCUGCAGAGACUUGUACUCCUUAGGGAUGUUCAUGAUACAGCAAUUGAAGCAGGGUACAAGGAAAGUGUGAAACGUUUAUUACCUCUUCUUCAAAACUUCGUUUCAGACACAGAACCUGUAGUCAGACAAGUAUUCGCUGAAAAACUCUAUCCAUUAGCAACAUUCUUUUUGGAAAAUGGAGGAGAGGAAGGAUACAAUGAACUUAUCAAUACAUUUAUACCAUAUACUUUUGAAUUGAUCAUUGAUAAGAAUACUGAAGUUGGAAAUAGUGCUACUGAGGCCUUGGUAAAAAUUUCAAAAUUGAUAAAACAAAAUCACAUCGAGCCACAAUUGCUGUCCGUAAUAGUAAAUUUGGCCCAUGAUGAUAGAGUUGAGGAGUAUCGUAUUGCAGCAGCUAGAUUAUUUAACGAAUUGGCACCACAAUUUGGACCUGAUCUUGUAAAGGAAGUUGUUGUUCAAGAAAUUAUUUCCCUCAGUGAUGAUCCAUCACUUUUGGUUAGAAAAACUGUAUCACAAUCAUUAAGUUUAAUUUGUCAACAAAUUGGACCAGAAUUGACAGUAACCAAAAUACUUCCAGUCUAUCUUGUUUUAAGUAAGGAUGAAAUAUGGGGUGUUAGAAAGGCUUGUGCUGAAUCUCUUCCAGAAAUUUCUAAGUGUGUUGAUAGAGAAACUAGAUUGAAUACUUUGGUUGAACUUUUUGAAAGAUUUGCUGAUGAUGUUUCCAGAUGGGUUAAAAUGGAAGCAUAUAAGCAAUUAGGUGCUUUCAUUGCUACUUUUGAACCUGAUACUCCUGAAGUUCCUUCAUCUAUCCCUGAAACACUUAUUCAAUACUUUUCUGAAAUGGCAUUCCAAAAUGAUCAAAAUGAAACUGAUAUGGUAGAAUACUGUGCUUAUAACUUCCCAGCUGUUGCCCAAAUCAUAGGAAAGACUAAAUGGUCACAAGUUGAAAAUGCCUACAAUCAUUUGGUUAAGGAUGUUCAAUGGAAGGUUAGAAGAUCAUUGGCUUGUUCAUUACACGAAGUUGCACAACUUGUUUCUCAGGAAGUUACAGAAACUUGUUUAGCUAACGCUUUAGAACUCUUUUUGAAAGAUUUAGAUGAAGUCAAGAUUGGUGUUAUUGCCAAUUUAUCAAUCCUUUUCAAACACUUCUCUGAAGAAACUAAGCAAAAGUAUUUAUCAACAAUUUGUUCCAUUCCAGAGCAAACUGAUAACUGGAGAAUUAAGAGCGAAAUUUCCAAACAAUUGGGCUUGUUGGCUGAAUUAGUUUCACCUGAGACUGUUAAGAAUACUAUACUCAAUGUUAUUUUUGAUUUGUACACUGAUGAUUUUGCCGUAGUCCGAAAGAAUUCUAUUGUUUCUUGUGGUAAAAUUAUGAAGAGAUUAUGUGAUGAGGAAAGCAAGGAAGGUCAAAAUGAGUUGACAGGUUUCCUUCAUGAAUUGGCUUCUGGUGAAUUCCACAGAAGAUUAAUCUUUGUUUUUGCUUGUGAAUAUUUGGUUCAAGAAAUUGAUAUUAAUUUGUUUUUGUCAGAAUUUGCUCCUGAAUUAGAAAAAUUAUCAAAAGAUGUCAUACCUAAUGUCAGAUUGAAUUUAGCUAAAGUUAUGAGGAGAGCUAUUCUUCCAAAUGAACAACUUAGAGAAACUCCAAUCUUUGUUACAAUUAGACAAACUUUAGAUAAUGACAAGGAUAGAGACGUAAGAUUUUUCUUAAAUAAUGAUUAUGUUGAACCACCUAGUGAUGACGACAAUUAAAAUAGAGUGUAAAUUUAAUUCUAAAAAUCUGAAAACAUUAAAAUAAUUUAAAUGUAUAAUUCUUUAU